ACAAUGUCAGCGAAGGAGGUGGAAUCUUCUGAAUUGUGCGGCCAGACGUCCUCACGGAUACCUGGAAUACAACUCCUGAGAAAAAGUUGUGACAGGCGCAAAUUUGACCGGAGCGUUCUUUGAGAGCUGCCGUGUUUGUGGACAGCCAAGAACGUGUAUGCAAAAACUUCAUUUGGAUUUAUGCAUUGUUUUUUCUUCCAUGCCGGAUCAGAGAAGAAUGGACGCAGGAUAAGUGUUUGAAGAAGAAUUCCGAUAUCGUUUUUUGGGAAUAUCGCAAUUUUGAGAAUUUGUCCUUGCAAAUGUGAAAUUUCUUGAACUUUUUUUUUUUCAUUUUUCAUUCAAAUAAUUAUAUAAAGACAAUAUUUAUCCAUGCAACGUUUUACGCCAUGUGAUCCAACCUUUUCCCAGUUAUGACAUAUCAGAAUUCUGGAAAUACAGCUCUUUUUUAAGCGCCUAACCUUGAACUAUUCCAAGCAUGGGGCCAGAGAGCUCUAUGGAUUCUGACAGUGAAGUGAACUGGGAUUUGGAACGUGGGGAGAGGCAGAGGAAGGAAUGGAGAUCGGAGAAAGUCCCAGCUGUCCUGAGCCCAACCUACAAACAGCGGAAUGAAGACUUCCGGAAGCUUUUCAAACAACUGCCUGACACUGAACGCCUCAUCGUGGACUACUCGUGUGCCCUUCAGCGUGACAUCCUCCUUCAGGGACGCCUCUACCUCUCCGAAAACUGGAUUUGUUUCUACAGCAACAUUUUCCGAUGGGAAACAUUGCUCAUGGUCCAGCUGAAGGAUAUCUGCACCAUGACCAAGGAGAAGACCGCCCGCCUCAUCCCAAACGCCAUCCAGCUGUGCACCAACAACGAGAAGCACUUUUUCACCUCAUUUGGGGCUCGGGACCGGACGUACAUGAUGAUGUUCAGACUGUGGCAAAAUGCUCUCAUGGAAAAGCCUCUGUGUCCAAAGGAGCUGUGGCACUUCGUUCACCAGUGUUACGGGAACGAGCUCGGUCUGACCAGUGACGAUGAAGACUAUGUUCCUCCUGAUGAAGACUUCAACACAAUGGGCUGCUGUCCGUCUCCCUGGUGCAGAUACUGUGAGGAGCUGCCCGUGGAGGAGAACACCGAGCAGAACCAGGAGACCAGCCAGACUCCGGCCAAAACCCCCCCGGACAACCACAAGAGCGCCGAGACCAAGGCCGACGUCAGCCCCACGGCGCCCCACACAGGCUUCUGCAGUAACAACGCCCCGCCAGACCUGCCCAGCAACGAGUCCCCGUUACCUCAGUACGAGGCUCCUCCGGUGGACGACGUCUCCAGUACCGUCCCGGAGGCUGACCCCGUGACCCUGUCCGUGCCCGAUCACCGCCCUCACCAGAGGAGCCCGCUCACCCCACUCGCCCCCCCUCACGUCCCCCUGCCGACCCUGGACCUCAACGACAACGAGGACCUGCCCACGGAGCUCAGCGACUCGUCUGAGACGCACGACGAAGGGGAGGUGCAGCCGUUCCAUGAGGACCUGAGCGGACGCCAGUACAUGAACUGCGUGUACCGACUGGGAGUGGACAAGAUGUACGACCUCCUCUUCUCCGAGUCCGACUUCAUGAGGGACUUUCUGGAGCGCAGGAGGUUCUCAGAUGUGGUGCACCGGCCGUGGAGGAAAGAUCCAGAUGGAAACCAGACCAGAGAGCUCAUGUACAGCAUCGUCCUCAACAACCCUCUGGUCCCGAAGGCUGCCACGGUCACUGAGACACAGACUCUGUACAAAGGCAGUCAGGAGAACGAGUGCUACGUGAUCGACACCGAGGUGAACGCUCACGACGUCCCGUAUCACGAUUACUUCUACACCGUGAACCGCUACGUCCUCACACGAGUGGCCAAGAACAAGUGUCGCCUCAGGGUGUCCACAGAGCUGCGCUACAGGAAACAGCCGUGGGGCCUGGUCAAGACCUUCAUCGAGAGAAGCUUCAGGAGCGGCCUGGACGAGUACUUCAGACACUUGGAGCUGGAGCUGAACAAACUGGAGCUGCUCCUGCUGGACGCCCACUCGCCCUCGUCCCCGGGCAAAGGCAUGAGGAGCGGGCGCAGGCGGAGACGCACCUUCUCCCACCACCUGAGGCCCGCCGGCAGCGUGGACCGAGCCAUGGGGGCAGUGACCACGCCAGAGGAGGAGGACGAAGAUAUGCACCUCAUAAAGCACGUGGCAGGUUCCACUCAGACCAGACACCUCUCGGACUCUACAGGAGGCCUGGCACUUUACAGCUUCUCCAAAAUCUUACUUUUUAUAAGCCUUGUCUUAAUUUUGCUGAUAUUUCUUCACUUGAUGCUGUUCUAUAAACUGUGGAUGCUGGAAUACACCACCUCAAGUCUGACAACGUCCCACGGGCUGAGGCCGCAGGAGAGUAAAGCCCCACAGACUCAGAUGGAGUGGGUGCAGCUCUUGGACUCUCAGCAGCGUUUUCACGACACCGAGCUGCACAAGUGGAAGGAGAUCAUCAAGUCCUCUGUGAUACUGCUGGACCAGCUCAGAGAUUCCCUGGUGACCCUCCACAAAAACAUGGGCUUCAGGGACUCCUCCUCUUCCCAAUCCCAGAAGAAAGCGCAGUACCCCCACUGACCCAUAGGCGGACAAAACUACAUGUGCAAUAUCCUCCAAAACUCCGCCUCCUCCUCUGAUCCAGACCAGGUUUUUCAAACAACCAACAACUCAAGUGACCUCCAACCGUCUGGACAUCCGCCGCAAAAAUCUCUCCUCGCUGUUUUUAUUUCUGAUAUUAACAUGCUGCGUAAGUUAAUAUUCAAACCAUAAGAAUCUAUUUUAGCACUGCAAAAACAACGCAUUUUUCCCUUUUUUUGGGGAAUCCUAUAAACUGGAAACCACGCUAACUAUAACAGGCUAGCAGUAUUUGUAAAAAAAUUAAUAAAAAACAGACACUUAGCAUCAGGGCUAACUCUUUAACAGGACAUAUGCAGUGAAUCAGGGCGGGUCUCUGAAAACCGUGCUUUACAUUUCUGUGCGUUUUUUGUUUUUCACAUCUUUAAUGUGUGGUUAAAGGGGACGUAUUACGCAGAGGUUUAACUUGACAGAAGGUUUUUAUCAGGUUUUACUCAUCAAAAACAUCCGAGUUAAGUCGUUUUUUGCUUCCUUGACUCCUUUUACUUACUUUUAUUAGACUUAGACUUGCACUUAGACAAACUUUAUUGAUCCACAAGGGAAAUUAUUUGGACAGCUGACUGACUUAAAACAGCAAUUUGAGUCAUUAUGUAAAUUAUUGAACCCGGGGAAGUGCACCUCUGUUUUUAAAGUCCAUAGCUUUUCACUACUAGAUUAAUAAAAAAUUGGUAAUCACAAUCUUACGAUAAAAAUCAAUCAAUCAAACUUCAAAUUGCCCUUUUCCAUGUUGUGAUGUCAUAAAGCGGUAGUUUCCAAGUACCAUAUUUUUCGGACUAUAGGUCGCUCCGGAGUAUAAGUCACACCAGCCAAAAAAAUGUGUAAUGAAGAAGAAAAAAACAUAGACAAGUCGCACUUUUUAGGGGGAAAUUUACCAAGAAGCAACAUUUCAUCUUGAACAACAGACUGUUAACGUCACAUAUGAACAGUUCUUCAGAUAAACUAUAACAAAAACAACAGAACAGAACAAGUUUACCAAACUCUCCAUCUCACUCCAAAUCACUAAAUCCAUCGAAUUCUUCAUCCUCAGUGUCACUUCUGAGCAACUUCAUGACCUCCAGAGGUAAAUGGAGCACCACUUGUUCUGUGUCGCUGUCGUCAGACUCAGCAUCAGUUCCAGUUAGAAUUAUUCCGGCCUUUCUGAAUCCCGACAGGAUGUUUCGGUGUCACUGAAGUCCAGGCUUUGUCCAUCCAUCCAGUGACUUCCUGGAAAGUUGCAUGACGCACCCUCCUGGAUGUCACACAUUUCUCACUCACUCCAAACUUUCUUUCUGCUGCUCGAUUACCUUUUUCAGCUGCAUAUUUCACGACUUGCAGCUUGUAAUCUGCGAAAUGUGAUUUUCUUUUUGGUGACAUUUGUGUUCAGUCGUCUUUAUAAGUUUGUUUACUUCUGCACCACUGAAAAUUUUAAAUGUAAUGGAGUGAUCGACAGACAGGACAGAGGCUCUUUCUGCAGGAGACAUGCGCAGUAGAGUGAAGUGACAGCAAUACAGGAGGAACAGGAGCAGCAGAUACUCACACUCAAAACUAGAGCGCCCUCUAAUGGCGUCAGUGUGAACAUUUUCAUAUACAAGUCGCACCGGAGUAUAAGUCGCAGGAAACACCUAAACCAUGAAAAUAAGUCUGACUUAUAAUUCCAAUUUCUACUAAACUAAAUGUACUGUAUUUUUUGGACUAUAAGUCUUUUAUAUUAAACGUGUGAAUGAAAUAAACACAAAUCCAGGUCUGUUUUUGAUGAGCAAACAACAUUAUAACACGGAUCAGAAAUGGAGUAAUAAGGGCCUUUUAAAGAGAAAAAUGCAUAAUACGUCUCUUUUAAGAUACCUUUUGUUUUUCUACAUGGUUCACCUUUUCUUCAUUCCAUUCAGAUGUCUCUCUAACAUACAAUAUAAGUUAUACCUCCAUGUAAUAUCAAACCAACUUGUAUAGAAUCUAAAUGGCUGUACGUGAUUAUUUAAAAGUUGGCGAACAGCGGGUAUGUUUCCAACUCUUUCCUUUUGACAGCCAUUUGACGUUUAGCUGCACCAAUGUCCGAGAUUGUUCACCGUUUUUACUUAUUAUUAUUUUAUUUGAAUUAUGUUCUUCCAAAAGUGACACAACCCCACAAACCUGGCAACACAAACACAGUGUACGAUACGUCAUUGAUGUGAAACGUGAAAUGUUGAUCACUCGUAAUGUCAUUUCAACACUAUCUGUAAAACACCGUGGGGUUUGUAACGGCAAAUUUACCAAAAAAGUUAAAAUUGUCAAUAUUUGAAAUUUAGAAAUGCAUAAGUACUUUUCAUUUUUCUCUUUUUUUUUGUUUUUUAAAGGCGCUGUACCUGACUUUUACGGUCUUACAUGUGACAAAAUCGCUCAUUUUAAACAUUUUGUAGUGGUCCAAAAAUAUUCUUCACUUACCUUAUGUAUUCCGAGCAUCCUAAUUAUUCACCGUGAUGAGUUUCUAAGAGCCAGAGUGAAGUUUUGCAGAGGAGCAAAGCAACAACUAGCAUGCAAACACGCACUUCAAUGAGACAUAGCUUUUUAAUCUGAUGCAGAGCGGACUUAUUUCGAUCUCAAGAGCUGCUUAUACGAUUUAUCUGUGCACAUUUUGCUCAAAUACAGGGGGGAAAAAACCCAAAUUUGAAUUCUAAGGCUUGCUUUGCACAGGUCACGAACGACCAAGUGAAUAAUUAAAAUAGCUUGAUAGACUUCUAGUGUAUAUGUCUAGAGGUAGGCCAUCGCAAUAAUGUAAUGUAAAAAAUAAAAACAAUGCAAUUUCAUUUUGACCUUGAAUGUGAUCACGCCAGAUAUUAAAUACAUCAAAUAUGCUCAUUCGAUGAACAAUUUUUGAAGAGAUAAUUUUGCAUCUCCACCCAUAAAUACAUUUCAAUCAGAGCUGCUAAACCGGGCAGCACCUGGAAAACGAAACAAAAGAAAAGAGCGAGAGAAGAAGGGGCGGAGUCUGGGUGUAUAAGGAACAGUGUGAUUGGUCGAACACGUAUUCAGUUCAAUUCAGUUCAAGUUUAUUUAUAUAGCACGUUUAAAACAACUUCAAGUGACCAAAGGGCUUCACCUACAAGUCAACAAAAACAGAAGAAAGGGUUACAUAUAGAUAUAUACAGAUAACAUGUGAAAACGACAAUAAAAACACCAAGAUAACCUGACUCGCUCGUACUAAAUGCCAAGGAGAAGAGGUGAGUUUUCAUUCUAGUCUUAAGAGGAUCUGACAGGAAGAGGAAGGCUGGUCCACAGUCCAGGCGCUGACACAAAAAAAGGCUCUGUCACCUCUCGUCUUGAGGCGAGUUUUGGGUACGACCAACAGGAGGUGGACGGCUGAUCUCAUGGCUCUGGGCGGAGUACAGGGCUACAGUAAAUCGUGAAAAUAGACUGGACCCAUAGAGUGCAAACAUUGGAAAACAAUAGCAUUUUAAAUUGCACCCGAUAUAAGACAGGGAGCCAGUUUGCACAGCACAGGUUUAAUAUGUUCUCGUCUCUUGGUAUUUGUCAGCAGACGAGCUCCAACCCGACAUACAAAGAAUUGUGAUAGACCAGGCACGAUGUUAGAAAUGCAUGGAUCGCUUUUUCGAAAUCUGGCUGUGGGAGGUUAGGGCUUUAUUUCAGCGAGGAGCCUCAACUGAAAAAAGAUGGACAUUAUGACAGAGCAGUGCAGGAGACAAUAGGUAGCCAGGCUGGUGUCUCCACUCAAUUUCAUUUCUCUCCAGCGACUCGGUCAGGAAUCGGAAUACAUUAGAUGGUUUUCAAGAACCCUGGAUCUUGUAGACCACGCACCGACCAAUCAACGAAGAGCUGUGAAGCCAUGACGUCAAACUCAAGCGCCUGUCUGGGUCCCUUUUGUGCAACAGCACAACAAUAAACAAAGCGGUCGAGAUGGAUGUAGAUCAUAAACUGUAUAAAAGAAGUGGACUAAGCGAGUGUGACAUCACCCGUAGCGUUCAGCGCCGCUCAAAUGAGGCUCACGAUGAGCUCGGUUACAGGAGCGAAUCUGGAGCCAGGCUGUAUGUUAUGAAUUGGAUUUUUUUGAGGGACAAAAUAGCUGAAAAAAAAAAAAAAAAUCAGGAUCAUGUGUCGCAGGUUAAUACGAACAUUUAAAGACCAAAAUGACGAGGCUCACUGCUGCAGUUACAGAGAGAGGGGCGACAAGAUCCUAAUGUAAAUCAAUUGGAGCCAGAGUCAGAAGGAGCCGGAAGAGCCUCCUGGCGAACUUCCUAUUUGGCACACAGCGGCUAAAGCGAUAGUCCACUCAUAUAUACGGUCAAUGAUGUAAACGAAGAAAUACAUUCUGUGUCGACAACACUUUCCGAGAUCGAGGACUUAAAACCGGAACAAAGAGAAUGUUUGGUAAAUUUUAUCAAGCAGAAAGACGUUAUUGCCCUUCUUCCUACGGGAUUUGGCACAUUACAUACUUCACAACCAAACGGCAGCGAUUGGUUAAAUAAAAAAGUACCCACCUACCGUCGAGCGAACGAAUCCUAAUGCUGCGAGUCAUACGGUUUCACUUCGUGGAUGAAUCAAGCUAGACAAUAGAAGGACAGACGACUAAUCACACUGUCAAACUCCGCCCCUGCAGCCUGGUGUUUGUAUCAAAAACACCCAGCUGUGAUGUCACAUAGCACUUGAAAUAGCAAAUCACACAUUUUUUUAAUAUAUAUUUUCAACACAAAGCUGCAAAUGUACAGACAGUAGUUUGCACUAAAAUUGCCAAAAAAAUAAUUAAAGAGCAGUAGAUAAUGCUGCGAAAACACCAGAUACGGUUUAGUAGUGAAAAAGUUCAACAUUGAUUCACACUGAAAAUAUUUAAUCAAUCUGUUCCCAUUAAAAAUAUGCUACUUAAUUUGCUUACUGUUACUUCAAACCUUUUUCGAUCUUCCAUUUUCUUGGUGUAUAUGCAUAUUUUUCCACUCCAAGGCCAUUUUAACAUUGCAUUUUGUUACUUCUACUUACUUAUUUUCCUUCCUCACUUGACCAAACCACUCCGCUGUAUAUGAAAUGCAUGGCUGUCAUAUGAAUGCUAUCCCGUACUAUUAGAGGACCGUUAUAUCGCAUGGGUAUUUUAAGAAAGUAGACCCUUAAAUAACUAGACCAAGUGGUAAAUGUCCCUAACCGUGGAUCUUAACGCCAGCAUAGACGAUACAGUAUCAGAAUUAUUAAAGAUGUAUCACGUAAUAUGUCCCUCGUUUCCAUGACAAUCCAAAAGUGUACUUCCUGUGUCUUGCCUUCCUCCAGCUCACCUGUUGUGUAGCCUUGUAUGUGCGUAUACUUAUAUUUGUAAAUGACUUAUUUUGACUGCAUACAUGACUCCUGGUUAUUUAUAUGAUCAUGUUGUACAGCAUAUUGUUGAUGUGUAUAGGUUUAGUUGGUUCGUGGGGACGCGCUGGCAGUGGCCCCGGACCAAGCGCACUCAAAUGAAAGUAUUGCUCAAAGAGGCCUGCAACAGAAUGAAUAAAAG